CUACGUUUAGGUUUGUCCGCGCACUAUACAACAGGCAACGGCUGCCAAACGCCCGGCACACGCCGCCGACGCGUCGCGUACACCACCGUUGCACUGCCCGCGGCAGCUGAUCGGCCGCGCGCCGCCCGCGCACCGCGCGAGACAGCACAGGUCCGGCAACUACCGGAAAAGGCUGCCCGACGCGCACCAAUGAUGCGGCGCAACCUCUCGGAGGGCAGCGACGAGAGCCCGCGCGACGUCCAGCAGCUCGAGGCCACGGAGCGCCGCCUCGCGCGGCGCCUCCAGCUCCUCGACGAGUUGAAAGCGAGAGACCUCCACGAGUGCAGCUGGACGGGCGACGCGCGGCUCGUCGCGGCCCAUCUAGAUGAUGCAGCUAGGAAAGGAGGCCUGCGCGCGCGCAAGGAUGUGAAAGCGGCGCGCAAGAAGUUGCGCGCGUUGGAACGCGAGGCGGACGCGAUGGCCCGGCGCCAGAGCAGCGACGGCGAGGCGUCGGAGUGCGAGAUCGCCGUGGCCUACGACGAGAAAGUGGAUGAUGCCCGCGAGGCGCUGCAGGCGGCGGAGGCGCGCGUCGAGGUUUCCGAAAGGGAGGCGCGCGUCGCCGCCGCGAACUUGGUCGACUCGUCGGAGUUCGGCGAGGGCUACCGGCCGAUCCACUACGCGGCCUAUGCCGGUCACCAUGAGGUCGUGGCCUUGUUGUUGAACAACGGCGCUCGACCUGGUGAGAAGAACGAGGCCGGCUGCACGCCUCUCUUCCUCGCGGCGCAGCAGGGCAAGGCGGCGGUCGUGGAGACGUUGCGACGGAACGACCCCGGGUUUGACGUGACGCGCAAGCGCGACUGGGUCGACGCCGGCGACGGGAGAUAUUUGUGCCCUUUGGAUGUCUGUAGACCCGCGGACGGCAAGCGCGUCCCUUCGAGGGCGGCGACGCGCGACGCGCUCAUGGAGGGCCUCGACAAGAUCGAUGUCAGGCCGCCGCCGGCGCCCUUGCUCACGGUGAGUGAACAUGGCGGCCUCGAGGUGUCCUGGACGCCGGACCACUACGAGGUCCAGACCGGCGGGUUGGACGCGCCGCCCGUCCACGCUCUGAAAAUCAAGAUCGUGCCCUCUGAUAACGGCGCGGAUCCGGCGGCGAUCAUGGUGAUCCGCGCGACGGCCGAGCGCGCGCGCAUUCUUACUGGUUUUGAGCGCGGCCGCGUCGAGCCGGGCGUCUCCUACGUCGCCGUCUGCGCGCGCGUCUCGGCGGCCGGCGCGUCGGCCUACUCGGCGCCGUCGGAGCCGGCGAUUGCCGCGGAGCCGGUCGAGCGCGAGGCGCCGAGCCGCGACGUUGAUGACGUGGCGCGGGAGCCCGCGCAACGGGUCCACCCGAAGAUCGCGCGCGCGCGCGCCGCCAUGCUCACGAACCGCGAGAAGCGCCGCCGCGUCCAGGAGCUGAUCCGAACACCCAUGGCGUCGUCGUCACGCCCGUCGCCGCGCGGCGCGUUCGACGCGGAACCCGCGGCCGCGGCGCCCGGGCCCGCCGCCGGGGACGCCCUCGACCUCCUCGACGACGACGAUGAUGAGGUCCCGGCGCCCGCGCCUGCCCCCUAGCUCUUUUUUAACUACCGAUACUACUG